GAGAACUCGAUCAUGGUUUCGGCUCUGACACACGUAGUGACCGAGGGCAGAAUUGGGCUAACCCACAAACAGUAUUAGUCUUUAUUCUCCUCUAAUUUUGAUCAUAGUGAUGAUAAUAAUUAUGGUACCGGAUUGUGGUUUCUGACCGCCGCCGACACGUGCGAGAAAUGUCGAAUGGUGGACUGUUUAGGAUGCAACUAUUUCCAAGACGGGAAUAAUGAGAAUGAAAAUGUGGUGAAAGAUGAGGAGAAUAAUGAUAAGAAGAAGAAAAAGAAGAAGACGAAGGGAAGAUUCAGAGGAGUAAGGCAGAGGCGUUGGGGGAAAUGGGCCGCCGAGAUUCGAGACCCGAGAAGAGGAGUAAGGGUGUGGUUAGGAACUUUCCAAACGGCGGAGGAAGCGGCUAGGGCAUAUGACAAAGCUGCCAUUGAGUUUCGUGGAGGAGACAGAGCAAAGCUCAACUUUCCUGCUUCUGAUUACCAACAGAAUCAAAUCCCACAACGGGACGAGGAACCCAAUUUUGAGAAAUCAAAAAAUAACGUCGCUUCUGUGGUAUAAAAGUUUCUUAAAUUAAAUUAAAUUAAGUAGACGAAAUGGGGGGUCUCUGUAUUUAAUUAAGCCAGAGUAAAGUUCCACGCAUCUCGAAUGAGGCCGCCUUGUUCUGUGUUUUAUA